CCUAGCGUGUCCACUUGGUGUUCAUUGCCCGUUUCCUCAAGCCCCACAACUAGUAUGUCACUAUCCUGAGCUUUGCUGCAGAAUACCCGCAAUGGACAACACAUCUAUACCCACGUACCGUGAGCGAUCGCGGGGGAAGUCACGCUCACGUACUAGGCUGGAUAGCAAGACGGACUACAUCAUAGGCAUUUGCCUGCUGCUUGUCGUGGUCGUACUGUGGACCGGAAGCAACUUCCUGACGCAGGAUCUAUUCGAGGAUGGCUACGAGAAGCCUUUCCUCGUCACGUAUCUUAACACGAGUGCUUUCUCACUGUACCUCCUCCCGUACAUGAUAAGGCGGACGAUGGAGCGAUUCCGCCGAGAUGGUAUGCAGGGAAGCGUCAGGACCCCGAGUGAAUAUCAGCCCCUUGCAACGGACACGGAUGCUGCGGAGAUACUUGCAACUACACUGGCUGCACUCUUCUGCCCGCUAUGGUUCAUAGCGAACUGGUCAGUCAAUGCCUCAUUGAACUUCACCAGCGUAGCGAGUGCAACAAUCCUCUCAAGCAUGAGCGGUUUCUUCACCCUAGGGCUCGGUCGCUUAUUCAAGGUGGAAACGCUGACUCUCAUCAAACUGUCGGCGGUCAUUACGAGCUUCGGAGGAGUCGUACUCGUCUCCCUGUCAGACUCUCAACAGUCACCUCCCCCACCUACAUCACCAUCAGUCGAACCUCCGCCCACUAUGGAGAAUCCCAUCACAACGUUCGCAUCUGCCCACCUCUUCGGGGAUUUACUCGCACUCCUCUCCGCUCUGUUCUACGCCCUCUAUGUCAUCCUGUUGAAAGUACGCAUCAAAGAGGAGUCCCGCAUUGACAUGCAGCUAUUCUUUGGCUUUGUCGGUUUGUUCAACAUCCUGGCAUGCUGGCCCAUCGGUAUUAUUCUUCACCUGACCGGCGUCGAACGUCUUGAAUUGCCGUACACAAACAAGGCAAUAUUGGCCCUCCUGAUCAACAUGGCGAUCACACUGUCGAGCGACUUCAUCUAUGUCUUGGCCAUGCUGAAGACGACACCACUCGUCGUCACGGUUGGCUUAAGUCUGACGAUGCCCCUCGCGGUCGUGGGCGACUUCCUCCUAGCUAAGCCUGCCAAAGCGCAGGUGAUCGUCGGGGCUGUGGUCGUUUUGUGCAGUUUCGUCUUGGUUGGACUGGAAGAUUCCCGGAACGAUAGGGAACAGGAUAUGCUCAGCGGCGAGCCCUUAGACAGCGACUCAUCAGAAGGAGCCGUUAGACUAGAGGGGGAACGUGUAGCAAGUGCUUGAGUUACUAGUUUGUCUCGUAUGCUACGGGUGCAUUGAUAUCAGGAUGUAUGUAAUAUAGAGGUCCAUUGCUAUCGUCCAUGUAUGCAACCAUCGUCAGGUUCGUCGCCGUGUGCAUGAAGGAUUUCGAGUCUUGUACAUGGUUUCCAAGUUCGUAGUACCUCGGUAUAUAUAUGCCGCGCCACUACUAGAGGCCUGCGCUGUUCCUCUGUUUGUUCGAGGUGUUUCCUGGGGUCCAUUGACAUCCGUUCCUUUCCGUUCGAACGUCGAGAUUGAACAAGUUGACAGAAAAGGCAAUUUGACUAGGCUCUCGCACCUGAUUGGCUACAGGUGUGCGGGUGCUUGUUGACGGCGCCUUCACCAAU